AUGUCGUUGGGUGGAUGGCGAUCACCAGAGCAGUGGGGAGAGGAAGGGGAGGACGACCGCGAUAAGAGGCGCACGCAGCACUCGCCUGCGCGGCAGCGGAAGGAGGAGAGGGAAGCGCGUGCCACGGGCAGUGAGCGUUCGUCGCAGUACCUCUCGGAGGCAAAUGCGAGAGUGCGCCAUGAAGAAAGAAAAGAGUACCCGUGCGCGGGAGCAGGGGUUGUGCAGGAACCUGAUGGAGAGGUGGGGUUGCCCGUGGGGGAGGAAGAGGAGAAGGAGGGAGAGGAGAAGAAGCCAGAGUACUCCUUUGCGGUGCUGCGUAGCCAUGCAGACAUGUGGCUGCGCAGUGGGGGCAGGGAUGGACGAAGGGAGCAAGUGAGUAAGGUGGGGGCAUGGCCGUGUAUACCAGCAACACCAGAAGCGGAAGAGAAGGACAAGAAGGUGGGGGCAUGGGCGUGUGUACCAGCAGCAGCGGAAGCGGAAGGGAAGAAAGAGAAGGUGGGGGCACAGGCGUGCAUACCAGCAGCGGUGGAAGCGGAAGGGAAGGAUGAGGCAGCAGCAGCGGAAGAGGAAGGGAAAGAAGAGAAGGUGGGGGCACAGGAGUGCAUACCAGCAGCGGCAGAAGCGGGAGGGAAGGAUGAGGGGGUGGAGACACGGGCGUGUGUAGCAGCAGCGGCGGAAGAGGAAGGGAAAGAAGAGAAGGUGGGGGCACAGGCAUACCAGCAGUAG